GGGCUGUGGGGGGUGGCCUGCCAGCACCGGUGCCAGUGCCUGCACGGAUCCUGCGCUCCGCAACACGGAGAGUGCACCUGCCAUGCCGGCUACCGGGGGCCGAGCUGCGCGGAUCCCUGCCCCGCCGGGACUUACGGGCUUCAGUGCCUCCACAGCUGCGGCCACUGCAGGCACUCGGAGGCUUGCUCGCCCGUGGACGGCGCCUGCCUGGCCUGUGACCCUGGCUGGAACGGGACCCACUGCCAGCAGCCGUGCCCCCCAGGCCGCCAUGGGGAGAACUGCACCCAGGCCUGCCCCCACUGCCUGCAAGAGGAGGCUUGCCACCCAGUGACAGGAGAAUGCCAGUCCUGCGAUGCGGGCCUCACCGAGGCUAGGUGUGAGCUGCCCUGUCCCGAGGGCUCCUUCGGGUUCGGCUGCCGAUCCUCCUGCCCCACCUGCUUCAACGGGAGCUGCGAUCCGGUGUCUGGGGCUUGCAUGUGCCAGGCCGGGUUCUGGGGCCACAGCUGCAACCAGACCUGUCCGGAGGGAUUCCACGGCCCCAAUUGCUCAGAGACCUGCCGGUGUUUGGGGGCAGCAUGCCACCCCCUCUCGGGAGAAUGCCAGUGGAGAGGCCAAACCCAGGGAGCCCUCCUGGCUGGGAUCCUGACUCCGCUGCUCUUUUUCCUCCUGAUUUUCCUCUGUUGCUGCUGUUGCCGCCGAUCCAGAUCCACCGAUGCCGCCACGGACAGGGCGGCACCAGCCGAAGGCGACCCCGUCUCCCGGGUGAAGCACCACACGCUGGGGGCGCUGGCCGGCCUCACCUCCGCCUGGCCCUGCUUCUCCUUUGGAGGAUACCGGUUUCCCCGCGUGACAGUCUCCCACCACGACGUGGAGCUCCCCUUCAGCCCCAGCUUCAUCGAGGCCCCCUCGGCCGCCUGGCCCUCCGACUCCUUCUCCUCCUUUGACACCGAAGAUGAGGACGAGGAGCUUCCGCCUGCCAGCCAAGCUCCAGGGGACACGGAACUGCAGCCACGCCGCCUCCUGACCACCGGGGAGGACCCCCCGCCGGACGUGGAGGGCUUCGCCAUCCCCCGCACCUCCAGCCUGGCCAAGGCCAAGCGGCCCUCCGUCUCCUUUGCCGAAGGGACCCGCUUCAGCCCCCAGGGCCUCCUCCCGGGCCCAGCCGAGACGCUCGGCCCCACGCGGAGGCCGAAGGGCCCCCAGGCAGGGCGGGCCCCAGACUCCUCCCCAGAGCAGCCGCCAUGGAUUGGUGAUUCCCCAGAGACGCCGGAGUCAGCCGUGACAGCGGUGGAAGAUUCGCCGGAACCUUGUUAUGAGAAUGUGGAGGUGGCCGGGGGGUCCACGGGGGUCCCCUGCAAGCCCUCCCCCCGGAGCACCCCCAGGGGCAGCCAGAAGCGGGUCGGGGGGUCCAGGCACGUGGCUCAGCGGGUGGAAGAUCUGCAGGCUGCCUCGGCAGCCCACGGCCAGGGCCCCACGAGGUGGUAA